AUGCAAAGCCUCAGCUCCUCCGCAUCGACUCUCAGCUCCCUCGACCCCUCCUCCUCCUCCUCGUCGGCGGUGCCUUCCAUCGAGGCUGCUUCACAUCCUGGCGCAAGGGCAAACGUCACCUACUCACGCAAACCCUUGGCAGACGCUCAAACAGAUCUAGUCCAAUCCAAUCUCGACUCGGCAACCUCCUCCUCGCAGCCUGCAUCGCCUUCGCCCAUGCUCUUCGACUCGCCAAUGCGUCACUAUACCACAGCAGCCCCCUCGCACCAAGCGUCCGGCUCGCCACGGGACAAUGCAGUCUGCGUUCCCAACACCGCCGUCGUCUCGCCCGCAACCACUGCUCACGCCGACAGCUCCGCCGUCAAGCAUGCGACGUCAUCUCUGCAUCGCCAGCAUCACAGCCAGGACAGCCUCCGCACCACUUUUCAAAUCGGACGCGCAAAGGCCAUCUACGACUCGGACUCGGGCGACGACGACGAUGAGCUUCUCAACGCACAUCCCACCAAUCUGCCAUCGCACGACGCCCAAGACGACGAUGCAAUCAUCGCGCGCAUCCGGGCACAAGCGGCACCCGACGUCAGCUCCGAUCCGUUCACCGGUUCGCUCUCCUCCCUUCCGCUCUCCUCCCUUCCGCCCUCCAGCUCGCGUGCGUCCGACCAGCUCGAUCCUGCCACCGAUGACACCUACGAUCCGCUUCCCCUGCCUCGUCGCCACGGCGCAAAGGUGUCGGCCAUGCGCGGCAAACAAGGCGCCCCAAACCGUGCCACCUUCUCCUCUUCCUCUGAUCAAGACGACGAUGACGAGGAUGCCCUUCGUCCUCGCACCUUCAACCUGGCCAGCUCCGCUGCGCUCGAGUCGGCACCGCCACACCAUCCACAACCGUCCCCACCCUUGUCACGCCGUCAGCGCAUCGAGGCUCUGGCUGCAAAGGCGAGGCACGCUCUCGGCGACGUCGACGUGGAUCCACACGCACAACCGGACGCGCUCGUCCCUGCCUUUGUCGCGCACUCCAAGCACUCAUCCGAUCAAGCUUCGCGCUCGCGCUCGCCCUCGCUCGACAUUCAGGACAGCGACGCCGACAUCGCGCCGCGGUCGUCCGCCAGCGCCAAAUUCGCCGAGCCGAGCCUCUUAGCCCACGACGCCGCCCCCACCGCUCCUUCGCACGUGCCGCCCAAGAUCAAGCCACUCUCCCACAAGGAGCUCGAUUCCAUGCACAAACAGACCGCUCGCCUCGCGCGCGAGAAUCGCGUCCGCAUCGACGCCUCUCAGCCCAAAAAGACAAUCGGUCUCGGCCAGCUCUUCAGCAAGAUCACCGGCAAAGAGACUCCACACAGCGACGACAGCCAUGCCACAUCCACAUCCACUCCCACCGAGCCGCCUCGACCACAUCCGCCUCCCGCUUCCUCCGGUCAUGCCUCGUCCCAAAUCCCUUCCGGUCAGUCAAAGAGCCUGCACAACUCCGAUCCCAUCGAGUCCGACCCCAUCCGCGAGCGCUCCAGUCCCCAUUCCAACCACGCAAGCAGCCCGCUCGUGCCCCUCUCCCGCAAGCACGACCACCGCCGCCACAUCGACCCCAGCCUGCACACGCCAAGCGUAUCCUCCGGCCUUGCCCCACGUUCCGAACUCGCCAGCUCAUCGCAGCCGCCAACGGCCAUCACAGACGUGCAAGACGACGACGACGACGACGACGCCGCCGAUCUCCCGGAUUUGGCUUCGCUCAUCGAGACGGCUCGCAUCCACAAGCAGACCAAAGAGUUGACCGCGCGAUAUCAGCAAGGCGUUCAACAGAUCAAGCUCCGUCUUCUCGAAAACGCGCGCCAGCCAUCCUCAUCGCAGCCCACUUCGCAGCACUUUGACGUCGCGCACGGCUCGGUCCCGAGCCACACUUCGGACGAUGGCGACGACGACCAGAACCUCGUCGUCUAUCGACCCGGCUCGGUCCUCGCUCAAAAGCACAAUCUACCCACCACCCCGCCUGGCAAGAAGCGACACGCUGAUCGCAUGUAUCGAGAACUCGGCAUCUUCUCGGGCAAGAAGCCCCCCCGUUCAAGCAGCUAUCGUGGCACCAAUGACAAUGGCUCCCCAAACGCUGCUUCGACCCCGCCGCACCUCCUCCAAGACGACGACGACGAAUGCAUGCCCACCGACAUUCAGCUUCGCAACGCCAGCAAGGCUCUCUUCCCCGCCUCGGAUCAGGCGACACCCAACCUGCCUACCACCCAGCUGCACGUCGCCGCGGCCCAGCUCCACCAGAGCGAUUCGGCCAUGCCCGCAUCCCAGCCGCACGGGGGUCCCCGCGUCGCACCAUCAAAGUUGUCGCAGCUUGACCUCAAUUCAACGCUCAUGCGUCAGAUGCAGACCCAGACGCUCAAGGUGCGCAUUCAGCGCGACCCCAACGACGCAGCCGCCAAGUUGAAGCUUGCCGCGCUUGCCGACGCAUCCCAGAGAUCCACCGUUCCCGACAUCCAAGCCAUGCUCCACCACCUCCACCGGCCGAGCGACCCCAAAAGUCGCCAUGGCCGAGAGGCGCAAUAUGCCGACCACGAUGAAGACGACCCCGACUGCAUCAUGCCUUCCGCCCGUGAUGUAGAGUCCGUCGUCGGCAGCGUCAUCGGCAGCGACAUAGGCAGCGACAUGGGCAGCGAUGUUGAUAUGGGCAGUGCCAGUGAGGUGGAAGCCGAUGAUUUCGACGACGACUUUGUCCCUCUGGGCGGUGUCCUCGAAGACCAGGACGACGACCCGUACGCGCAGCAUGCCGAUGCUGGGAAAGACGACUUGGACGUCCCUCCCCACGACCCUCUCGACGACUCUGAAGAGGAGCACGACAGCGACAAGGAGAAUGCGCCCCUUCCGGCCAGCCAGCAGAGCCAUCGAUCGCAAGCCUCGCCCGAUCCCGCCUACAGCCUGCUACCGAGUCGGGCCGUGAUGGACGAAGACGAGGACGAGCUGCCUGGCCCCCGCAUCAACGCGAGGAGAGGCAGGCGCAGUGCCCUUGCUGACGAUGAUGCCGAGGGUCAAGCUGACCAGAAUUCGCUCCAGCCCGGCCCUUUCGAAGCCAUUCAUGGUGAAGAUGUCGCAGCUGAAGCCACUUUAUCUUCAGAGCAGGCUCGCAUCCCACUCGCGGACAUCUCGAGCCAGGUCAUCGAUCUAAGCAUGGCCCUCUCGCGCUCCAACACCACAUCACCCGUCGUGCAGCAUGCUCAGCUUCCGACGACGACGGAAGCCGAGGAGCGAGACUCGCUCAUCUUCCCGCCCACGGCGGGCGACAACAUGGACGAAUCGUUCCGCACCGAUGACAUCCCUUCGCAAGCUGCUGAUCUUGGUCGCUUCUUCGAGUCAACCAUGCCAUCCUCGACAGCAAUCAAAUACAACCCGCUAGCUUUGCAGGCUCCGCGCAAGUCUUUCUGGGACGAGACCCAGACGCAAACGCAGAGCCAAAACCAAGGAGCCAGUCAUUCGCCCGCUGCUGCCGGCCGGCCGCAUGCAAAUGAAGUCGCAAGGGAGCUGACCCGCGAACCGUCAGCCAACUCGGCUCUGGGAGCCUUCUUCAACGCGACCCAGGACGAAGAACUGCGCGGAGAGAGUCUCGAUAUCUUUGCGAAUGCCAAGACCGCCCGGGCAAAGGCUCAUGGCCUUACCGCGCUGUCCAACGACGGCGGUCCUUCGCCUUUCGGCCACACUCAAGCAUCCGCUGAGCCUUGGAAGCUCGGCACCAGCGCCCGGGAUGCCUCUUCCAUGCCACCGCCAAAAUCAACCGAGAUCGACGCUUUUGCCGCGCUCCGCAAAGCCCAGAUGGGAGCGGCCAUGGAGCUGCUCGAUCCGACGCUCUCUGCGUUGCCUAGCUUCGACGAGAGUCAGGCGGAGCGCGACGCUUACGCUCAGGGUCAGCGCAGUCGCCACGGCGCCCACGUGUCGCCCGAGAAGAUGUACAUGAACCGCGACGGCUUCUUCACACAGACCACGCCAAGCCAGCAGCCGGGUUUCUGGUCACAGUACGACACGCAGAGCCAAUCGCAGAGCCAGGAUCGUGCGCCGAGUAAGGGCAACCGCGCUGUCAACGGCGCUGCCUGGCAGCGUGCUGCGCCUGGUGCCUCUGCUCGUCGAGGCAGCGACGGCAGUAUCAUCGGCCCCAAAUUGGGCAAGACGGACGUGCUGGAGGACCAGGAGGAGCAGGACGUCCCUGUGCAGCUCAAGCGACUUCGCCGCGGUGGCGUACACGUAACAGAAGCAGCAAGGGAGGACGAAGGAGUAAUAGAUCGUGCCGACGCUCGCGACGACGCCGACAAGCGGGGCUCCUCUUCCGGUCAGCCAGAGACCCGACCUCGCGACGCCUUCAACGUCCUGCUCGGACGAAGCUUGCCGACCGAAGAGGACGAUACGGCCAUCAAAGGCAGGAAGCGCAAGUCUGCCUUCAUCGAGGGUGAGGCAGAAGAGUCGGAAGACGAGGAUCUCGGCGAGCAGAAGCGCGGCGAUGGUGGCGGACUCAAGGGCGUCUUUGCGGACGACAACGGCAGCGACUCGGGCAAAGACGAGGACGAGGACGACGAAGAUGACGACGAUGUGGAAGACUUGCAAGAGCUGGUCGACAAUGAACGCGACGUCGACGAGGCGCAGAAGGACGAGGUGGCACGCGCGCGCUUCCGCGAAGACAUGAAGGCGCGGGACCGCGAAGAUCUCGAGAUCCACCAGAAGGCGAUCCAGGGCGGCUACCGCAAUCGAAGGGGUCGCGGCGCAGGUCUCAACGGCAUCGAGGGCUUCCUCGACGACGAUGCCGAUGAAGAGGAGCUGCAGAGGCGUGCUGCCCUGGGCCUGCACAUGUCGAGCUCUGCGUGGAAGAAGCGAAAGCUGCUCGACGGCACCCAAGACGGUAUGGACGCACUGGCUGCGCACGACGAGGCCCAAGCGUUUGUUCACAGCUACGUUGCGACGCACAAGAUCGAACACCAGUCCGACAAGUACGACUUUCUGCUGCCGCAGUCCGGCGAUGCGGACGCCGAGGCGCAGGAGAGCGACGAGGAUGACGAUCAGGGCGAGGCCCGGGGCGGCCGCGUUGACGAGGACGAGGACGCAGACGAGGAUGAAGGCGAAGACGAGCAGAAAACGGAACUUGAAAACGUUGAUGAGGACGCCUUUGGCCCUGUGGUGACCAAGCAGCCGCGCAAGAUCCGGUACGACGAUGUUCGUGCUGCGGUUCGCGAGCGCCGCAAGGCGAAGAGUCGCACUGCCCUAGACGAUGAUGACGAUGACGACGACGAAGAGCAGCGCAAGCAUCGAGACGGCCGCAGCGGCUCGAAUGGCUCGGAUUCCGAGGAGGACGACGCUGGCGAAAGGCUGGCUUCUGCCUUGCGCAGCCGCGUCCGAGGCGACGGCAACGGCAGUGGGUCGGCAGGCGUCGAGGGCGUUGCUGAUGCAGUCGCGCCAGCGCCUCGCAAACCGCAUCUUGGGAUGCAGUACAGACGUGCCAAAGCACGAGCCACUGGCGCAGCGCCGGCUCAGGAGGAGGCUGAAUUCAUGGACGUCGACGUGCAGCCUGUAGCCUCGGCGGGGGUGGGCGAGGGCGACGAAGAAGCAUCUGGCUCGCUCUCGCUCAUGGCGCGGCUGCUCAAAAGGCCGGCCGCCUCGGCACGCAGGGCUGCCUUGGCAAGCCAGACUUUGAGCAUGUCGCUCGACACGCUCGAAGAAGCCGAGCCCGAGUGGGGCAACGAAGCGAAUCUCGUGAGGGCGCCCAAGGCUACGGCUGGCGGCGCUUCGCAGGGGUCGUCAUCGGCGACUUCGGGGGGCAAGAGCGCGCUGCCGCUGGGCUCGUCUGUCAAGGUUGCGAGGACGGGCAGCACAGGCGCUGCACCGAUGCUUAGCUCCAAGCAGGAGAUCAUGCGUCGCGGCGGCGGCUUUGUGGGCUCGUCGGCGUCGCAGUCGACUUUCCAAUUGGCAUCGAUCCAUCGCAAGCGCCUCGGCGAUACGAUAUUCAUCAUGCCUACGUUCAAGGACAUCCGGGCGAAGAAUGCCCAGUUCGCUGCGAGCGCGCGAGAGAACGCGGGCAAGCCGCGCAUCCGAGCGUCCAAGGAGAACGUCGAGGCGGAUGGCGAGGAGGCGGUUGAGGCCAGGAAGCAAACGCAGAGGCGAGGGCGCAACAUUGUCAAGCCGGCCAAGAAGGAUCGCACGCCGCCAUCGGCGCUCAAGAACAACCGGGUGGCGCUGGCGCUCAUCUGCUUUGUUGUGAUCGGAGGUGUGUUUUUCGAACUCAUGCGACUGUUUCUGUAG